AUGGGCUGUAUGUUGUGGUUCGUACUCUACACCUACUUGUUGUUAACUUCUGGGUAUAUUCAGGAUUGUUUUGCACAUACGAUAAUCACUGUUGAACAUGGGACAUUCACAAAUAUUUCUGUCAAUGGUUUGGCGUAUGUCGAAGUUCUCAAAAUUCCGCUGGGGAGCAAAUUUGUUGUGUAUCAAGUGCAUAGCCCCUUCAACCCACUGCUAGUGUCUACAUCAGCCUCGUUUACAUAUGACACUUCACAAUACUCGGCUCAUUGCGGCUUAGCUAGUUUUGUUGAAAACAAAACAUAUUCGACAUUCUACGUUUAUUCUUCCUAUAGUGUUCCGCUAACUGUGUGGGUCAAAGCUGUUGCAUAUGGAUCAGAAUUUCCAUUGCCAGGUGGUUGUGGUCGUAGUUCGCGUAGUGAUUUCAUGAAUGCAGCCAUCACCACAGAUAUAAUGACUAAAAAUAUAAAUCUUUCAAGCUCGAAACGCAUUGAGUUUUUAAGCUAUUGGACGUCUGCCCUCCAGCUUUCUGCAGCUUCGGCACCUGUCGGAUCAGGCGGUUUCGCGUGUUCCCACUGGAUUACCGAAAGUAAGCCAUCAGGCAGCCUAGUUUAUCACGUUUAUGGUACACCACUAAUAACUGCUGGUGGUUCUUAUGGAGCCUUCAUGAAUCCUAGUCCCAGUGAAGCUGCAUCAGUCUUAAAAAACAUGGCCAACUUUGGCCAUUCAUCAUUUGUUGGUACUUACAUACAGUCAUUUCACCAGAGUGAAUUCGCACCAAAUGAAGAAUUUAUUAACAUAAUCGUCUCACGCCGUCCAGCUACAGCAUAUAUUGUCACUGUUGUUGUGGAGUAUUCAGUUUCUGGUGAUACUUGGCAAGUGCCAUAUAUUCCUGUCAUUCUUUUUGGUUGCCCUGCACAGAUUUCACCCAGUUUCUACCGUACUGUAUAUAACCAACCUACUUCAAAUGCUAGUUUGGAAGUCAACUGUGGUACUCUUCCUAAAGAUACACCAGUUAUCCUAUUUCCUGUUGCUGUCUUGCUUCUUGCAGGUUUUUUAUAUGCUACUUCAUGUAAUAUGUGGAUUUGGCCCCGCUGUGCAGUCAGUGCGAUGAUUAUGGGAUCUGUCAUUGGACUGAUAUUUUUCUACAGAUUUUCAGACGAACCUAAUGGAACUUACCUUAUUUUAAUAGCGAGUGCUUUGUUGCCAGCUUUCUUCGCAUUGUCUGUGUUUGUAAUACUGUGGUGGCGUUACGUUCGUCCUACUUUGUACUACCAACGUAUGUUUGGACAAGGUCCACUGGUGAAGGUAGAAAAUUCUACAACUGUUCUUGUUAACGAACCGUGGAAUUCAGAUGUGUUAGAUAACAGCUAUCAAAAUGUUGAUGCCCCUUUUGGAUCGUCAUCACAGACUGAACAUACACCAAUUAAUACUAUUAAUGUUUUGGCUCCAGUUAAUGAGGAGGAGUCCAGUAUUUCAGCAUUACAGCUGUGUAACGAUGUAGUGUAUCAACCUUCUCCAACUCAUUCUGGUGCAUAUGUUUCAAAUGAACAGGGUGCUAGUAAUGACAAUGAAGAUUACACUUGUGUUCGAAUUUGUGGCAUUCAGCUGUGUCGAAGGUCGAGAAGUUCACAAAAAUCUUCAAAAUCCAUGGCACGUCCACUUAAACCCUUCACCCUAAGGCCUCGUCGCUUUGCUCGUUUACUUCCCGUCUUGCCGACUGUAUUUAUUCUAAUCGGUUAUCUCUCAAUCUCUCUUGAUCGUCCUCUAAAGUUGGACAAAUCUUCGGUUUCUUUCUUUGUGUUCUGUAUAAUAAUGUCAGGAUUAUUGCUUGGUUUGCUGAGUAUCUUCAAAAAUUUCGCAUUCGGUAUUUCAACCGCUCUCCUUGGUUUUUACGUUACACUAUGCUGUGCAAGUUUUUUUCUCAUACCAAGCUGUUUAUUACCUCACAUUGUAAUUGAAUAUUUCUUGAUGUUAACCUGUUUUGAUAUAAGACUACGUACUCUACGCAUUCAAUUCUAUGGUCAAUAUGAUGUUAUUGUUGUCGUAAUAUGGUUUGUUUGCAGUAUAUGCUUUGGCUCACUAGCGUUGUGUUUGAUCCGUUUACAAGAUGCACGUGAAUUAUCUGAAGUUCAAAAUUACCAUACAUCAAACUCAAAACUUCCAUACACAAAUACUAAUGCACACACCCCUAGCAAUAGCCUUUCAUUAUUGGGAGAGAUUAGACCAAGUUCACAAGCUUCAUGUUAUGUACCUCGAAUGUUUCCUGUGCCAAGUUUAUCAUCCAAUGCAAAUUCUGCAUCCAGUUUGUAUAAUUUGCUUUCAUCUCCCAAGGUAUACAAUAAAAUAGAUUCGGAAGGUUCCAUGAACUACCCUGUGCCCGUUGAUUAUUGUCGUCCAUCUAAUCAGUCUUCUUCAAGAGUUUCAACGGAAAAGCAACCAUUAUUACAGGGGUCUUUUUACAACAAGUAUGGUGGUCUAAUGGGUACGGGUACUGGUCAUCCACCUUUAUUGCCCUUAAGUAGAGUUCAGCUGGCUGCCGCCUCACAGUCUUUACCGUUCAGUUCGUCAUCAUGUGUAAAUAUCACAGCGAAAUCGGCACAAUUCGAUGUUGAGGAAAAUUAA